CCAAACAACGUGCCUCCGUAAAAUGGCUUCUGUCGAAGGCAUACAACAAUCGAGUGCCAGAAAAACUCCGCGACCCCUAUUACCGUGACCAUGAGGAACAAGAACACCUGAAACCGCAGAUCGUUCACGCGCUUUCCAAUGCGGAGCUCUACUGCCUCGCGCUGGCCAACAUAUACUCGGAUCCUAACUAUCACAAUCAGAAUCACUACGGGAUCCUGCAAGCCCUGGCCAGGAAAGGCGUCUACGUCGCGGAGCAGAACAAUACUCAGCUCACCGAAACGAUCCUCAUUCAAAAUUCACCACUCAAGAUGUCCGCGCAUAUGGCUGUGAUAGAAGGCCUGAUGGUCUUGUACGCGAAAGAGGUGGUGACGGGAGACCGGGUGGUCUCGGCGAUACGACGGUUUGACCCUCAGGUCGAAGUGGACAUGCCGUCGGAUCACGAGAAGGGUCUCCUGCUCUGGAUCAAUCACGCGUCGCACGCGCUAAUCGCCAAGAUUCAGAGCGAGGAGGGUGGCGGCGACAAGACGCGGCUGCCCGAGCUACCCGCCGCCAAGGACUUUCAGUCUCUGUGCGAUGGUGUCGGCUUGGCGGCCGUUGUCGCUUUCUACUGUCCCGGCGAGCUCAACUGGAUGGAGAUUAGGGUGUCGAAGAGACCCUCGGUGGCGGACGCGCUGCACAAUCUUUCCUUGGUGCACGCGUUCUGCGUCAAAUGCCUGCCCUACUCGAUUUUCCACAUGCAGCCAGAGGACGUCACGUACAUGAGAGGAUCGAUGAAGCAGAACCUAGUGGUCUUUCUGGCUGACAUGUACAACGUCUUGGAGAUUCAUCCGGCGAAAUGCGUGCGCUAUCCUGGUGAGGAGCGAGCGAUGCAAUACCUAGAUGCCUGCCCGCGCAAUAGUCAUGGCGUAGCUCAUAAGAGAAGCCUGCCACAGUCUAUAGCUCCGAUACCUGAUCUGAGAAGCAACCUCUCCGUAUCCGCGCCAGGUUUCACAGUUACGAAGUCGACAUCAAGCAGCACUGUGAAGAAAUCGCAGUCUUUGCAACAAACUGCCGAGAGUCAUCCGUACGAUGAUAGGCGCGCAGGUAGUGAAGAGAGUUUCGUAGUGCAUCGUGGCAAAGGCAUUCCCACGUUGAGCUCCGUAGCCGAUGAGAAGUCCGCGGGCAGAACUGAAGCCGCUGGUCGGCCGAGCAACUGGGAGGAUCAACGACGGAGCUCUUACGCCGGGCGUCGGUCCAGGCGGAACAGCAUCACGGACGAUUCUCAGUUGACCAUCGAAAAUUUCGGCGGGUCUCAGGAUAAUUUACACAAUUUUGGUAGAAAUCCGGAUAAAGAGCUAGGCGCGCACACCGGCAAGCGCAGCACCACCGAGCCGACGUUGCCCGCGCGAUCCAGCGUCCAGGAUGUGUACGGUAGCGGCGUGCAGCACAUAAUCGCGGACAACGGUUACAGCGGCGGCGAGGAGCCGCCGACGAGGCUACGACGGCAGGCGUCUAACAGCAGUCUGGAUAACGUCGCUCUCCGGCAAAUCUUACAUUCCAGCGCAGAGAACGACAGCGGUGCGGACACUGGCGUCGGCGGUGGUGGUGGCGAUGCUCUCACGAAGUUCGCCAGUUUCGCGAAUCUGAGUAGGCAAAGCUCGGAAAAGGGGAUCAAUUUCACGUAUACGGAACAGGAUGAUGCGAAAUCGGCGAGCAGAAAACACGGUCAGAGUAAUGGCAACGGGAACAGUGAGAAGAAAACGACAUUCGCCACUCUGCCAAACACAACCACGUGGCAACAGCAGAGCAACCAGCAGUCGCAGCAGAUGGAGCAACAUUCUGUCGAUGAGAACGGCGGUAAUACCGUAAUGGCCUCGCAGCUGAAUAAUAUACGACUGAAGCUCGAAGAGAAGCGACGGCACAUAGAGAACGAGAAACGAAGGAUGGAAGUUGUUAUGUCGAAGCAACGGCAGAAAGUGGGAAAAGCUGCCUUUCUGCAAGCGGUCACGAAGCUAUACUUGAUGGGUAAGGUUAAAUCUCCUUCUUCGUCAACGUCCGGGGGGGACAGUCCGGCCGAGACAGUCGGUCCCCCCACCCCUGUAACCUCCGGGUCUUCCGGGGCGACUCCGACGAGCGUUUCCGAGGCAUCCUCUGUACCCCAACAACCCCUUCAAGAAAAACCACAGAGACCCUUCUCGCUCAAGGAAAUUAGUGAGGAUGUGCGGGACGUCGAGCACAAGUGGCUGGAGCACGAUGGUAACGCGCCAUUCAUCGAGACUAGACGCACUCCGGACAUCGAGAAUAUGGAUCCCGAACAGUAUCGUCAAUCCAUAACGCAAAUGAACACUAGUCUGAGCGAAAUUCAAGCGGACAUACAGCGUUUGGCGAGCCAGCAGAAUCAGAUUCAGCAGCAGCACCUGAUGUCGCAGCACCAGAAACAGAUGCAGCAACAGCUUCAGCAGCUGCAGAGCCUCAGUCAGCAGCAUAUGCAAACUUACGGAAUGCCACCGAUGAAUCCGUUAACGCCCAGACUGCAAGAUCCGCAACAGUCGCAGUUCUAUUUGCAUGAUCAGCCGCAAGUGCAGCAGAGGAGGAUGUGGGGUCAGCCGGCACCCGCUCAAAGUCUGGCAAAUGAAAUGGCCGCGGUGGGCUAUCAGCAGUCUAUGGAUUCGCGAUUUAGUCCUCAGCCUGCAGCUUAUCAGCAGGAUAUGCGCAUGUAUGCGGAUCCCACGAGGACUUGGGCCGCGCCGCACCCGACGCAAAAGGGAUUCGUUUUGCACGACACUCAGGAACCAAGGUACCUCAACGGGGAUCAUAGUCUGUGUAAUAAUCAAAUGAGCCACCCCGGUCCGACCAGCGUCUUUCCAACGUCUUCGUCGCUUUUCAACCAAACACAAGCCACAUCUGCUAGUCCACAGCAUCGUAACGCCGUUCAUCGAAUAAGUCAGUUAAUUAGCGAAAGUCCGGAACCUAAGAGGUCAAUUGUACAUCACAUCCCGAUCUCAUGCGAGAGCCCAACGGAGAAGAGGCAAGUUACAACUUUGCAUAGUCCGGUACCAGCUCCGCCCGCCGAUGACAUGAAGCCCCAAAAUAUAUCUUUUAUCGGCAAUGACGACGACAUCGCGCAGGGUAUUCGCGGCUUGAACAUCACAUCGGGUAGUCGUACGUACAGAAUACCGUCGCCAACUAGACCCACGAUAUCGCAGAAUUCCUUCCAACCUCACCCGUCGUUGAGGGAGACGGUUUCGUCGCGUUCAGCCACUCCGGAUGUCACGCCUCUCGAUCCCACGGACGCGAACGAGAAAGGAUUCUACAUCUCCUUCGACAAUGACGCUCCCAAGAAACCGAAACCGACCCUCAGAGUGAAAAGAACGUCUCCUAAAAAAGAACGAAGCGUAUCAUCUUAUAUCGAGCACGAGGACUUUACAAUGCGCCCGGAAUCGCCUCCUGCUAGCGCGUUAGAAAGGCAGAAACAAAUGGAAGCUCAACGAGAAUUAGAGCGGGAAAGAUUGCGGCAGGCCGACGACAGGGAACAGCAGAGGCAAGAAAUGAGGGACAGGGAGCUCAAACGGGAAAUGGAGAGGGAACGGCAGAGGGAGAAACAGCGAGACAGCAGUACAGAAGGCCGACACGCUUCCGGAGUUGGUCUGGUAAUUGGGAACCAACUCACGAAUCCCGAUCCGAAUUCUAUGGACGAAAUGGAGAAGAAGAAGGAGAGGAUAAUGCUGAUGUCGCUGCAAAGAAGACAGAGGCAGGAGGAAAUAAAAGAAAGAAAGGAAGCUGAAACUCAAGCGCGUAGGGAGAAAGAGAAAUUGAAGGCGGAGGAAAGAGCUCGCAAGAAAGAGGAGGAACGACAACGGCGAGCUACUAUUUUGGAGCAUCAUAAAGUGAAGAAAGCGAUAGAGGAAGCAGAGAGAGAAGGUAAGGUAAUUGAUAAGGAGCUUCUGAAUGCUAUAAAUCCAGCAAAAUUACGUAACAAGACUGCGACCGCUCGACCGCGGCCCAAAACGAUUCACGGAGACGCUGGCGCCGUGUUGGAUUCCGGGGCUCUUACACCUAGUCGCGGGAAGAAGGGUUCUUCUUCCAACUUAAGUACAGCGUCGCUGACCUCUCCGACGAUGAGGCGAGACUACUACCGAGGCUCGCAGGAUAGUCUCACUGCUGCCCACCUCGAUGACCGACGUUGUUCCGGCCCUCUUUAUCGGGGCGGCAGUCUCAGGGUUUCUUCCGUAGAUUCGCCCGACGACGGCCGAGGUUCCUCGCCCUGCCGCAGCGUGAAUCAGCUCGGCCGACGCGGCUCCUACAAGACCUCCAGAGAUGUGCAGGAGUCUCAGCAACAAGUUAGAGGCAGGCCUAAAUACCAGACUUACCAAAACUUUAAGGGGAGAAAGUCUAAUUCCCUGAUGAAUUUGUGCGAUUCGGACAGCGGCCUGGGCAGAUCGACACCUCCAAGACGCGCCGCCAGUCCGGGGAUAGGCAGUAUGAGGCACCUAACGUCACCUUCGGGCCCCGGUUCGCUACCACCCGCCCUGAUGACGUCGAAGAAGAGGAUCUACGACGACGGCAGCAGCGAUAUCAGCAGCACGCCCAGUUCUAUGAUGGACUACAACGGCCCGAGACUGUAUAAACUGCCGAUAGCCAAGUCGAAUCGUAACAUAAUGCUGAACGCCGUGGAGUAUUGCGUCUUCCCCGGCACGGUGAACAGAGAAGCCAAAUCGAGAGUCCUGGAGGAGAUCAGCCGGUCCGAGAGCAAACACUUUCUCAUCCUGUUUCGGGACGCCGGCUGCCAAUUCCGCGCUCUCUAUUCGUACUGUCCCGAGAGGGAGGAAGUAGCCAAGCUGUACGGUACUGGGCCCAAACAAGUCAUCGAUAAUAUGUUCGACAAGUUUUUUAAAUACAAUUCCAGCGGAAAAUGCUUUUCGCAAGUUCACACGAAGCAUCUGACGGUGACUAUAGAUGCCUUUACGAUACACAACAGCCUCUGGCAAGGUAAAAAGGUGAACUUACCGAACAAGAAGGAUAUACCGCUCGUCAUAUAGUUUUACGCAAGUGGUCACACACUUAACAUUACGCUACUGUGCCCUCUGUUGUUCAUAGUUACUAUUUUAAUACAGGCCCAUAUUAAAUUAAUGCGAAUACGUUGCGUUUCUUAGUCAAUUUUAUAAGGACAACUGAUCGGUGCUGACCCCGUAAAGAAAUAUAAUCGCCGCUUCCAAUGGGGUGGAAAAUACCGGGGCAACCGUUGAUCACCAGAGAGAAUGUUAUUUGUUUUACUUUUUUUUUUUGCGUUAUCCGUUUUUUCGUUGAGCGUCAGCAUCAAUCACUGUGUCAUAAGAUUACCAGUAUCUACUUGUAAGAAUGGUUUGUUGACAAAUACAUCCCUAAGACUACACAUUUUUUCUUAAUUUUGCGGACUAACCCUCGUCAUGUAACCGCCUUGUAAUCGUGUAAACCGCUGUGUUGCGACUCUCAUGGAUGUAUGCGCGAAAGUUGAUUCUUUUCCUAAAUUUAUUUUGCGAAACGAAGCGAGAGCAAGGGAGGGUGGCAACCGUGCAGCUUGUGUUCUCGCGCGUGCAUGCGUGCGUGCGUGCGUGCGUAAUUUUGCGACUCGCACAGGUCUCUUUGCAGCCUUCGCUUAGGCUAGGGGUUCUAAAUUAUUCAACGAUUAUUAUCUAAUGCGUUUGAAAACUUUUUAAAGAGUAUAUAUUAAGAUAUGAUAUAACGCGAACAUUGUGAGGGAUCAUUAAUUUUUAGAUGUGUCUCGUGCGCAAAUCGCUGACUUCGAACUUUUUUAUUUCUUUUUGGAUAAUAGCAUGCAAUGCAACCUCGCAAAAGAUGUCUCUUUUUUUUUAUAUCAAUUUCCUUUUUAAUCGAAGAGAAUGUUUUUUUAUAUACAUAUAUAUUUGCUUGUCAUAUUUAACCGAUUGAGAUACGCGUCGGCAGAACGCUCGACACGGCUCAAACGGACGGGGUUGAAUUAAUGAUUAUUGAUUUCUCAUACCCGCGUACGUUUCUCGCGGCUGUUGACGAUUGUAACGCGUAGCGCGAUUCUUGCAAUGUCCCUCCUCUCACCCCCUUUUUCUCCACGGGGGGGAGAGGGGGAAGAAACCUUUGCCAACGGGGUGGCGACGGAUGCGAGCGACGAUAGCUCAUGUUGUAAAUAAAUCAGUUCGUUGCGUAAUUAGUUGAGCCAAGUUUAAGAUCAGCCUUAUGAUAAAUCUGGGCGUACAUGCAUGCGUUGAGUGCGUUUCUUUGCGGCGUUCGAACUGCGAUAUUAUGCGUUUCAAGUCUGUAUAUCAUAAAAAAAAAAAAAAAACGCGCAUAACGUUUAUGCCGAAGCGCAGUUUAUGCCGAAGCGGCUGUUUUAACGCGAGCGAUAUGUUUCGUCGACGGAUGAUUAGCUAAUUAUGAUUGUACACAGAAAGUGGAUAUUUGCGUAAAGUAUCGUUGCCUCGCGAACAAAGUCGAAGGACCGUCGGGAAGGGGAAGCUCUGCUUUCGUUUUCCUUCCGAGUGCGCUUCAAUCUUUUAUCGUUUUGUAAGAGGAAGGCGGAGGAUAUGGGUCGUCCGAACCGCGAAUUUUAUCAGAUGGGAACUUUUAUUUCGAGCGACGCCUCGUUAUAUGACUUCACAAAAAUUCACAAGUUCGCCAGAGACACAUUCCGCCUUCCUCCGAAAAAAACACAAAGAGAAGACCACCGUAUGAAGCCUUAAGUUAUGAACAAUGUAAUUGGACUAAGUGCGUAAAGACGUUUAACGAAUUGACAGCCUGACUUUUCUUCAACCGUAUAUCUCGCCACCGUACAUUGCGUUUUUUCCCGUAGGAUUUACCGGCAACACAACACACACACACAAACACAUCCCGCCGUCUCUCAGCGAAACUUCAGUCAGUCCGAGCGAACAGAGAACAGACGCGGCGGUUCGCGUGCACGUGGACGCCGUAAUUUAUCGGAGGAACUGUUAUAAUUUAUUGUGCCAUAAAUUCGACGUUCGCUUUUCGCGUGGGACUGGCAUCGGCUUCCUAUCUCGCUGAACGGGCCUUUUUCAGUCGGAUACGUUUCUUUCAUUAUAAUGUUGUUGGUAGAGAGGAGAUGAAGCUAGGGAUAGGUAGACUUCAAGUAGACAUUUUAUACGACAAUAUCGGGGGUCUAUCGUUUGUACGAUUAAUUUUCUCCUUAGGCCCCGCGGGCCCCGUCCGCGACGACGAUAUCGCGGACGCCUCCAGGAUCGUUCUCCGAUUAUUUUGUACGAUAAGUCUUCGACUCGAUGUCCGAGUCAAUCGUGUCGAGUGUAGGUAGACCCUCAAUAUUCCGCGACACGGCGUAACGCAAACGUGCACAGGAUUAUUAACGAUUACAAUUACAAAUACAACGCGACAUAUCGAAAAUCCCGUGUUCUCCAGCAGCCGCAACUGCGCGGAGGAGUAAUCUAUGUAUUUUCAAUUCGCGUGGGACGUCGCGGUCACAGCCUGGCCUCACCGUCUCCGCGUUUCGCCGUUCGACCACGUGUAAUGAAAGGGAUUUGUGAGAUAAACUCCGUCGAGAUUGUGGUAACCGAGAGAAAGAGAGAGAGAGAGUUCACUGUUCUAUAUCCCCGUCUGUUGUAAAUUUAUCCGAGUACGAUGAUUAUGCAAGAGAGAAAGAGAAUGAUAAGAUAGAGAAUCUUAGACUCAGAAACACAGUCCGACCUGACAAUAUCGAACGUGAGGUACGCGCCAUAGAGAGAGAGAAAAAGAAAAUAUGAAAUCUCUUUGAGAUGGAGUGCAAAUUGUGGUAAGUCCAUGGUGACGACGUUUGAGAAGAGAGCGAAGAAAGAGAAAAAGAGAUAUAUGAUUGCAAUUAAUAUAUAUAUAUUAUACAUAGUCAUUAAUCUUAAGAGCCAGCGAGAAUAAUGGCUUGUGGAAAUGGGAUUGAUUACAAAGUUAUGAUGUUAAGAGAGAUCUCUCGAUAUUGGUCGCUUAUGCUUGAUAUUUAUAUUUUUUGAAGAAUAGAUAUUAUUAGUGAGCUGGUGAAAAAAAAAACAAGACUUGGAUGCGACGAUUAGAUAUGGACAAAACCGAAUGGACCGAGACGGGAAACCGAGGCGUACAUAUACACACAAUUGAACGCUGCGGCACGACGUAAAAUUUGUACGCCGCAGCGAAAUCGCGCUUACUAAUAAUAAACGAGAUUAUUGUUACGUAAUAAUUACCGAUUUUUAUUGUCGCAGAAAUUUCUCGACGUCAAAGCGAAUAUCAUUUCUCGAACUUCUUCUAUCCGUGUCUCUGUAAAUAUUAUGUUUUUAUAUACACACGUAAAACGAAAAACAAACGUAUACCUACCUACUCGACGAUAUGUAUAUUUAUUCAGUACGUCAUGUAAGAUUUGGGUCAUAAUUUACUGUUAGCAUCUCGCAGCGAAUGUCAUUAAUAAAAUUUAAUAACCCAUUUGUAA